AUGGCCCAGGCGCUACCCGCACCGGGGCCCACGCCCAGCUUCGACGGAAAGGACGCAACUAAGUUCCUACAGGGGAUGCAGGAUAUGUGCAUUCGCCAUGGGAUACAGAGUACAGAGACAAUGAUGAUGUUUCUACCCCAGUACUGCUCCGAUACUACUCGCGCCUGGGUCGAGAGACGCCCGUCCUGGAACAGCCGUAACUGGAGCGAGUUCAAGGUAGAGUUCCUUGCGUACUGGUACGACGGGGACUCCCGUCAGCUCAGACACACAACGCGGUAUCUCGAGAGCUUGGUCCGCGUUCACAGGACCACCGAGGAGGAUUACCGCGAAUAUCUGACCGAGUUUGAUAAUAUCAGCGCAGAACUGUUUGAUAGAGGGGAACUCACAGACUAUGGGCGCGCCGACCUGCUGAUCCGAGGACUACCCGAGAAGUGGAUAGUAUCCGCUCUGGAUCUUAGUGGGCGGCGGCGUAUCACAUACUCCGAGGCAUACAGCCAGGUCAACAGAUACAUUCGCGAGCAAAACCUCUCACGUUGGUACUCGUCCAACCCGGACCCGCUGGACGUGCGUAAUGGAACCCAGCCUGAAAAUCGACAAGUGCACCAGCAGGGCCAGCAGACCAAGCCACUGCAGCAGUUUCAGUCACGCCAGCAGGACCCCAGUGGAGAAAUUGACCGGAUUCAAGAAAUACAGUCUCAGAUAGCGGCCCUUGCUAUUAAGGUACUGGGCCACCAAGAUCCCCGUGUCGACCCUCGCUAUGGACCCACGAGUCGGGGCUAG